AUGUGUAGCAGGAGAAAAGACAUCAGCUCGUUUUAAGUUGGACAUUUAAGAUUGUUCUAAAGGAAUGAAGGGGCCCAGUUCCACUAAAAUCCAGGUGUUGUUGAGCUCCAGCUCCUCAAAUGAAGAAGCUUUAGAAGCACAGACGCACUCCGUUGUUCACUGUGAGUUGUGGAGAAUAUCACGGUCGGAGUGAUGAGUCUCUGCUCCACCACGAGGACGCAGAACGCCCUGGGCUGGGUUUCAAUCAUCUGGUUCACUUCAGGUGUCAUCUCUGGCAGUCAGGCUGUGGAUCUGCAGGUCCAACCCCAGGUGGAGGCAGAGUGUAGAACAAACCUGACGCUGACAUGUAAAGCCAACUCUUUGCAGAAAUUUGACAUUAAAUUAUUUUCCUGGGCGAAUCAAACUAAAGUUGUGUGUCGAUAUGAAAAAUACCAGCCUGAGCCUGGGGUCCUGUGUGAGCUCUCUGACCACACACUCAGUCUGACUCUCCUCGACGUGAUGCCGGACAACGAGGGCAGGUACCUCUGCAAGCUUCAUUCCAACGUGGGAACAAGUGCGACCUCCACUCAGGUCACAGUACGAGGUUGUCUUGAAAGAUCUGGUUUCUCCACCAAUGAGACUCGUGCCGAGUGCUGGUUCGCUGGAGUCUAUCCCAGCGGCGUCGUCCACUGGUUCCAGGGAGGCGUCAACCUAACGGACUCAGCGAGGACAUGGGAAGAGGAGGGCGGACGAGGACGGUUCAAUGUCGUGAGUGACUUACACGUGGAGAAAGGAAACACAAGCCUGCCGUACAAAUGCUCCCUGUGGAUACCGACUGAAGGGGAGUAUCUCAAGAGUCAUCAGAUAACUUUAACCAGGAAGACAAAGUCGUCCGGCAGCUCGGUCGCACUGCAGGGGAUCUGUGUUGUGGUUUGGUUGGUUUCUUUUCUUCACUGCAUUUGGAAAAGUUGAAAUAUGACUUAAGUACAAAGUCAAAAUAAGUUUAUUUGUGCAGCACAUUUCUGCAACAAGCCAAAUCAAAGCGCUUUGCAUGAAAUAUAUAAGUAAAUACAAAAAAGAAGCAUUUACAAAAGAAAUCCAAAAGAUCAAAUAAAAAGACAUGUAUCUGCA